GUGCUGGUAAUUUCGUUAGAAUCUUUUCCUAUCAGAGUAAUUAUGAAUGAAUUCGAUAAUGUAAGUUCUACGAAAAUCAGAGAUAAGGAAACACCCACAUAUUUAAGGAAAAGGGAACAAUAUAUUAACGAUUAUGGAAAAGAGAACUUAAGAGAAGAGGAUACUGGAAAGUUUUCAGGUACAUCCAAAUAAAGUUCUUCGAAGCUCAAAGGUUCUUAAAAGGAAAGAAGACAACAGAAAGAAAAGAGUUGAAGUAAUAAGACUACUAAACGGACAAGGAGUUUAUUUAAGAAUAUAGAAAAAGAAUAGAAAAUAAACUGCAAGCGAUAGGAAGAAAAAUGAAUGUAAGAAGAAGUUGUGUGCUAUUUCAAUGGUUAGUUCAAGAGUUAAUCUAAAGAGUAUACAAAGCUGAUUUCAGAUUUCCUCAGAUGGGAUGGCCCAGCUAGUAUUGAAAACUAAUAGAUCCAGUAAGCCGAAGACCUUCCUUGUCAGUGCCUAAAUUUUAAGUUAGUCUCAAUUUCAAAACAGUUCUAAUUUCUAAUAAAUAAAAUAAAAUAAUUUAGCAUAAUUCUGUAGUCUAGUAUAAUAGUAUAAUCUCUUCAGCAAAGAUUCCCCAUCGAGUAUCUAUAUUGCUCGUAUUGCCAGCUAAGAAUCUUCACCUACCCCAGUGUCACGCCCUACACUAAUUCGAUAUUAAUAAACAGUUGCUUCCAUGUCAAAUGGCUGCCACGCCCACUCGAACACUCGAACACUCGAACACUCGAAUAGCAUAUAAAAAGGGAACAAGAGUCAUGUCUCAAAUCAGUAUUCGAGGCACAGCCCUCGUCCAGUCAGCAAUGGGCCACGAGGAGGAACUCAGUCCGGACCAAAUCGAUCCAAAGAUUUCCGCUUUGCAUGGCGCUCUGAGGCGCACCUGGUGCGAUUUCUGCGCGACGAGCAGCAUACAUGGCCUGAAGUACACACGCGACAAGGACACAAAUCGCGUGGUGCACUUCGUGUGGAUUCUCAUCUCGAUUGUGAUGUUCAUCUGCGCCAUUGUCAUGACGCUGACCUUCUAUGCGGACUACCGCAGCAGUCCGACGCGCAUGAAUGUGGAGAACGAUCACACGCCCGUCAGCCGGCUCUACUUUCCGCCAAUAACCAUCUGUCCCGAGGUGUUGUUCAACAUGGACAAGUCCAAGGCGUACAUCGACUCACUGAAACUGCCGCAGAAUGUUCAGACAUCGGACGUAUUGCAGACCUUGCACAUCUUUAGCGGCUUCAUGCUGGACGACGAGCGCUUCUCCUCGGCAGAGGUUGAGCUAAUGGAGUCCGUGCUGCAGGUCAAUAAUUUGACCCUGAUUCAGUUUGUGGACCAACUGCGCUGGGAUUGCCAUGAAAUAUUACAUCGCUGUCGCUAUCAUGGAGAGAUUAUGAACUGCACGCGCUUGUUCCAGCUGUCGAAGACGUUCUUCGGGCACUGUUGCUCCUUCAAUCUGCGCCAGGACGGGCUGAACUUCACUGCUCAGGCUGCUGCUGGAGGUCUGGACAAUGGGCUCUCUUUAAUCCUCCGCUACAAGGAUGAGAACUAUGAUGCCCUAAAAUCCUAUUCGCAUGGCUUCAAGCUGCUCAUCCAGGAGACGGACGCCUUUCCCAGCGCUCAUGCCGACUGCAAGUUUCUGGGGCUCAACACCGAAUCAUUUGCCACGCUGCGCGUCGUUGAGACCUUUUGCUCAGAUGCCGUCAAGGCGCUGCCCAUCGCACAGAGAAAUUGCAUCUUCAGGCAUGAGUUUCAGCUGCGCUACUUCUCGAACUACGUCUAUCCCAACUGUGAGCUCAACUGCCGAGCCAACAACAUGGACAAGCUAUGCGGCUGUCAUACUUACUUUUUUGAGUUCAACCGCACCAACGAGCGGGUAUGCACGUUCCGUGAUAUACCCUGUCUGGUUGAUAAUUUUCCCAAAAUCAUAACGCGCAGAAAGAAAACGCAGUGUCCUUGCCCUUUGACCUGUGAACACUUUGACUACGAUGUGCAGAUCUCGAACUUUGAACUCAAGCUCGAUAUGCCAGUUGUGGAUCCUUUCUACAAGGGAAUCGAGCAUAAUGAUGCCAUUGUUCAUAUUUUUCUCAACUCCCAAGUUUAUAGGCGAGUGCGUGUAGAUCUGCUGUCAAAUAUGGUCACCCUAGUCUCUAAUCUGGGCAGCGCUUUCAGCUUGUUUGUGGGCAUGAGUAUGUUGUCUUUGGUGGAGAUCAUAUACUACUUCACAGUUAUACUGCACAAGAAUUACAUUCAGGAAUGCCGCGCACGUCAGAAGUUACAGAGUUGGCACAAACGGCCAAACUUUGCCUGGCCCCCUCACAAAAAUAGCACUCGGCAGAAAUCUGUUUUCUAUAUCUCAGGUCGUAACUAAUCAGCGUGCGAUUGAUAAGCACUUCGGACAUCAGCCAUAUAUUAUUGAACUUGAAUAAAUAUACGGCAAUGUAAAAGCGUAA